AGAAGUUAACCAAUCUUUCAACACAAAACACUUGAUAGACUUAAUAAUUUAUUGUGCAAAAUGCAUUCUUCGAUCGUAUUUCUUACAUUUUUGCUCAGUGUAAUAAGUAGUUGCUAUAGCUGGAGUAUUCCACCAGUAGAUUAUAGCGAAAAUAAUUUGAAUCCACCACAUAGCAGACAAGUUCGUCAAGUCUUAAACGGUAGUAUAAAACCAAACGAACAAGGAGGAAUUCGCGGGACCCUUGGAGCAUCGCAGACUUUAUUGAAUCAAAACGGUCACCGGCUCGAUGGACAUGGUCAGAUUAGUAAGAAUUGGAAGCCAAAUGGACCGACAGAGAUCGGUGGUGGUUUAAAUUAUCAAGGACCACGUGGAGGAGCAUCCGUUGAUGCAAAUCACGCGAGACAUUUUGGCACGAAUUUGAAUGCUCAAGGAAAUGUGAAUUUGUGGAGAAGUCCGAAUGGUCGAUCCCAAUUGGAUGGGACAGCUAACUAUAAUCAACACUUUGGCGGACCGGGUGGACGAAGCAGACCGAAUUAUGGUGGUGGACUAAAUUUUUCACAUCGCUUCUAAGAUUAUUUUAGAGUAAAUGUUAUGUAUGCAUUUCGUUGGCUAUGAAAAUAAAUUUGUGAAACAAAACUA